UAUAUAUAUAUAUAUGUAUAUAUAUAUAUAUAUUUUUAUAUCUAAUAUCUUAUUUUUAUUCUAUAAUUAUCCUAUUUUAUCAUAUUAACAAUUUCUAUGUUAAAUUUGAUCAAUCAUUAUUCCUAUCGUAUAUAAACGAUAUUUCGAUUCAUUUCAAAGAAGAUCCCUCGCGAUUUGUUCUUCGCGUUAUACGUUGAAAUACAUUAUAACUUUUUUCUUUUUUUACUUUUUCGUUCUCUCAUUCGACUUCGUCGAAAAGAUACGCACGGUCCGGGUGCUUCUUCUUUCUUUUUUCUUUUUUUUUUUUUUUCGAAAACGUCCUCUUUUCAAAAGUAAAAAAAAAAAAUAUAUAUAUAUAUACAUAUAUAUCGUAUAUAUUAAAUCGUUGAGAGAUAUACGAUAGACGCGGGGAUACGUCAGGGAUCGAAGACGGAAGCGAAGGGACGAUUGUGAUUUCUCUUAAAAAAAAAAAAAUAAAAAAUAAAAAAAAAAGAUAAAAAGAAAAAAAAAGGACGAGAGGGAUCUUCCUUUCCAUUCGUUCCUUCCUUUUUCUUUAUUUUUCUAUUUCUCUUUUUCAAAAUUUCUCUUCUUCUUCUUCUUCUUCUUUUAACAUUCCAUUUUUUCAUUUUCCGUUCGAUCUCGCGAGUGAGUUAAUAAAUUCCGUUUGUGUUUCUCAUAUUCUGUUUGUGUUACCCCGACGAAAUAGACAAGGAAAGAAAUAUAUAUAAUAUAUAUAUAUAUAUAUACAUACUUACGUAAAUAUAAAUAUAUAUAUAUGUAUUAUAUAUAUAUAUAUAUAUAUAGAGAAUAAAAUAUAGUGACCUUGACGCUUUGACCAUCGCCAUUUUCCAAGUAAACGCGCGAGAAGAAACGAGCAGAAGACGAUGAUGGCCGCCUUCUUCUUCGCCGUCUUCGUAGCGCUCGUCCUAAGCGAUGGGACCACGGGUACCACGGCAAGCCAGAUGACGAUGGAGGCUAGGAUUUACGACGACGCCGAUCUAUCACAGUUCUAUCAACUAUUGGAGACGAGCCAGGUGGCGAAUAACACUCUGACGUAUCGUCAUGUUACCGUUUUCGCACCGACGAAUAGAGCCUUUCAAAAGUACAAUGGUAGCAAGAGCAACUUGGUUCUCUAUCAUAUGUCGAACCUACCGCUAACGAUCGAACGAUUAGGACUAUCGGUUUCGUCCGAAUUAGAUGGUAAUCCGCCAUUAUGGGUAACGAGAAGACCAGGGCCAACCGGUGAAGAGGAGGUUUUCAUAAACAACGCUAAAAUCUUGAAACAACAUAGCAACUUUCAAUCGAAAAUCAAAGUCAAUGGUGAUACGAAAACACAGGUUUUGCACGUUAUAGAUGAAGUAUUGGAACCGGUACGUUCGAUAUCACCGGAAUCGCCGAUCUACAAUCCCGAUGCCUUUCAAUUUAUAAAUCAAAGUGAAAACUUUAAUAUGGGCAAUCAUCGUGUUAGGACCUUCCGACAGAGGAUCGUCAUAGAGAAAAAAGAGGGUAUCUUUACGGCCGACGGGCGUUACACAUUUUUCAUACCCGUCGACGAAGGAUUUAAGCCGGAGCCCAGGCCACAGAAGGUUGACCAUCUUGUAAUCGAUGGACACGUGAUACCCAAUCAUAUUCUUUUCACCGUACCAACCCCCGAGAAUGUUUAUUACGAGACUCUUGUUUUUUCUGAUAACCUCAAGGUUACCGUCAGUUUUCUCAUGGAACAUAACAAAGUAUACGUCAAGUCUAAUACGAUCGUUGGUGACGCAUCUCAUCACACUGGCGUCGUGUUAGCCGAAAUCGUUAAGCCUAAUAUACCAGUACGAAACGGCGUGAUCCAUUUGAUCCAACGGCCGUUAAUGGUGAUCGACAGUACCGUGAAGGACUUCCUCGAGGAAAAGGAGGACGGUCCUGUAUACAAAUUUUAUGAGACCAUUCGGGAUUUUGGCGACGACAUUAUGACGACCAUAAGCAGACUCCAUGAUGUUACUCUAUUCGCACCUAGCAAUGCGGCACUCGAAGAACCUGGUGUACAACAUAUAUUGCAGGAUAAAAGGCGAGUUAAGGAGAUCCUGAACUUGCAUUACGUCAAACAGAGACUACCAUUGGAAAAAAUUCAAAACAAGAGUAUCAGUCAGAUACCUACUGCCGCCGAUAGGAAGAAACUUUAUUUCAAUGUUGUACAAGGACCGGCAGGAAAUCAAACAAUUACAGUCGAGGGUGGUGGCGUAAAUGCUACAGUAGUUACCGCAAACAUCGCAGCGACCAAUGGAAUUAUUCAUAUCAUCGAUAGGGUCCUCGGUGUACCAUAUACCACCGUUUUCGACAAACUAAGAACCGAUCCUAUGUUGAACUCCACUUAUUUCUUGGGCCAACGACGUGGUUUUAACGAGCAACUUAACGACACGACGAAACGUUUCACUUAUUUCGCACCGAGAGAACAAGCCUGGUCCGGUGCCAACAUCAGUUAUCCGUCUACAAUUAAAAAACUUUUCAUGCAAGA